AUGAUCUUGCACAAACUAUGGUGUAUCCUCGUCGUCCCCUUUGUCGCGCAGCUCGUCUCCAGCGACGUGCUGCGGCAAGAGUGCGACAGCAGCCGGAGCUACAGCCCGAACAGCGCCUUCCAAUCAAACCUCGAGCAGCUCUCCUCCACCCUCCCCAUCAACGCCUCCUCGUCUCCCACCCUCUUCUCCACCGGCGCCGCCGGGGCCAUCCCCAACACCGUGUACGCGCUCACGCUCUGCCGUGGCGACACCACCAACGCAUCCGCGUGCGCCGACUGCAUCGGCAACGCCUUCCGAGACGCGCAGCAGGUGUGUCCGUUCAACAUGGACGCGACCGUCUACUACGAACUCUGCUACCUCCGCUUCUCCUACCAGAACUUCCUUGCUUCCGCUGACAACACCAAACGGCAAAUCAUACCCAACGGGGAGAACGUUACUUCUCCGGCGGCAACCUUCGACGCUGCCGUGGGUGUCCUCCUCGCUGCUGUCGCGGACUACGCCGCGCUGAACUCGUCCAUGCGCUUUGGCACAGGAGUAGAGGACUUCGACGUGGGCACCCCCAAAAUCUACGCCCUGGCGCAGUGCAGGCCGGACAUUGAACCGGCCGACUGCAGGGACUGCCUGGAGAAAAUAAUGACGGUGAUGCCAAAGCAUUUCAGCAGGCGACAGGGAGGGCAGAUCCUGGGGUUACGGUGCAACUACCGGUUUGAGCUAUAUCCUCCCUUCUUCGGCAAUCCGGUUUUGCACCUCCAAGCGCCGACAUCGAACGUGACGGUACCCUUUGGCGAAUGGAGACCGAGCGGGAGUCCGAGACCAAGGAGGAGGAAGAAAAAAACCAAGUACAUCCUGUUUAUCAUAGCCGUUGCAUUGGCUGUUGUUUGUGCAACAUUGACUUUCACUUUAAUUUGCUUUUGUAUCUGGAUCAAGAGAAGGAAACAAAGAUUGCCGAUGCUACCAAAUUACGGGAAUUGGGGAAGUGUUCCCAAUAUCAGUUUAUCCCUGCUUGAUCUGCCAACACUGGAAGCUGCAACGGGGAACUUUGCAGAAGGAAAUAAGCUUGGGGAAGGAGGGUUUGGUGCUGUUUAUAAGGGAGCUCUUCCUGAUGGUCAAGAGAUAGCGGUGAAGAGACUCUCGCAAGGUUCAUCACAAGGAAUUGAAGAGCUGAAGGCUGAGCUGGUUUUGGUUGCUAAGCUUCAGCACAGAAAUGUUGUGAGGCUUGUCAGUGUUUGCUUGGAAGAACAUGAGAAACUCAUUAUCUACGAAUAUAUGCCCAACAGAAGUCUUGAGAAGAUUCUCUUCGAUCCUAGGAAGAGCAAGGAUCUUGAUUGGGGGUACAGGUUCAAGAUAAUAAAUGGAAUCGCCCGAGGUUUGCAAUACGUUCAUGAAGACUCUCAGCUGAAAAUAAUCCACAGGGACCUUAAGGCAAGCAAUGUUUUGUUAGACUCCGAUUUGAAUCCAAAGAUUUCAGACUUUGGCUUGGCAAGGCUGUUCGAAGGGGAUCAAUCAAAGGUUGUUACGAACAGAGUUGUCGGGACACUCGGUUACAUGCCACCAGAAUAUGUUGUUCACGGGCAUUAUUCGACCAAGUCCGACGUGUAUAGCUUCGGAAUUCUUGUUUUAGAGAUCAUAACAGGAAGAAGAAACUGCGCCUCCUACAACUCCACGCAGACUAUUGACCUGCUAAUUGAUCUUGUAUGGGAGCACUGGACAAAGGGAACGAUCCUGGCGAUCGCUGACCCGUUACUUACCAGUAGUAGUGCCGAAGAUAAAAUACGGACGUGUGUUCAUAUAGGCCUACUGUGCGUCCAAGAGAGCCCUGCAGACAGGCCUACGAUGUCAGCCGUGAAUGCCAUCCUUAACAGCGACGGCGCCGCGCUUCAAGCUCCGUCCAGGCCAGCUUUCUGUCCCCGGGCAAGUAGUGCCGACCCGGAACCACGCCAGGGAGCCUCACAAUCACAUGGCGGUGGAAACUCGGCGGUGGUUUCACUAAACGGAGCAUCGCUCACGGAGCUUGUUCCGAGAUAA